GCAGAUACUUCGGGUAAGAAGCACCCAGCCAACAUUGUGCGGAAUCAAAAGUACUCGUUGCUCCUGUUUCUUCCAAUGAUCUUAUACGAGCAAUUCAAGUUCUUCUUCAACCUCUACUUCCUUCUUGUGGCCCUCUCGCAAUUUAUACCUCCACUCAAGAUAGGUUUCUUGGCCACGUACAUAGCGCCCUUGAGCUUUGUUCUACUUGUCACCAUCGGCAAAGAGGCAAUCGACGAUUUCGAACGCUUCAAGAGGGAUAACGAAAGCAAUUCGGCUCCUUAUGAGGUGCUCCUCAAAGGGCCCGAAACCUCCCUUUCUGCUGCUAGGGGAGGUUACGAUGAGGAAAGAGCUUGGCAAACGUCGUCUUCACAUCGCGUCACUACGCCGUCGAGCAAGAUCAGAGUCGGCGAUCUAGUCGUUUUGCACAAGAAUCAGAGGGUUCCGGCCGACCUCGUGCUUCUGAAAACGUGGGCUGGCGAACAAUUACCGCAUCGGCAGACGGAAACAUCUGACGGGUCGAAUGCUGAUACUUCUUGCGAUGACAGGUUCGUCCUGGAUGAUGGCGAGGACGAGGAGGAGGACAACAUGACUGGUGUCAAGCAACCAAGUCUCGAUGCUGUGGAGAAAAGUGAGGACCCCUCCGAGAGUGGCACCUGCUUCGUACGUACCGACCAACUUGACGGAGAGACGGACUGGAAGCUGCGUGUUGCUAUCGACUCGACUCAACGAAUGUCGGUGGCCAACUUAGCAGCAUUGACUCAGGAGCGGGAGCGGGCAACAAUAUAUGCGGGACCUCCCAUCAAGGACAUCCAUACAUUCGUUGGCACGUUCACUUUGAAUCCUUCAACGGAUGCUAUCCGUUCUCUGACACCGCCUGGCGACGCUGCCGUCGGCAAUCUCUUGGGCAACGAUUUCGCAAUCGCAGCGCGCGACAGUGAAGGGACACAAGAGCAUAUUGGUAUGCUUCCACAGCCUCAGACCACCCCCAUCACUGCUGAAAAUUUGCUUUGGGCGAACACGGUCCUCGCAGCGGGUAGCGCCAUCGGCAUGGCCGUAUACACCGGUACUGAGACUCGUGCGGUCAUGAAUACCUCGCAUCCCUCCACCAAAGUUGGACUCCUGGACCUGGAGAUUAAUCGGCUUAGUAAGAUUCUUUGUGGGGUCACAUUCACGCUUUCGGUUGGCCUCGUGGCUCUCAAUGGCUUCAGAGGAACGUGGUACGUCUAUAUCUUUCGCUUUCUCAUCUUGUUCUCCUCGAUCAUCCCGAUUUCUCUUCGAGUCAAUCUGGACAUGGGAAAGACUGUCUAUGCUCGCCAAAUCCAAUCCGAUGACGAGAUUCCCGGGACGAUAGUAAGGACAUCGACCCUGCCUGAAGAAUUAGGUCGUAUUGAGUAUCUGCUCUCUGACAAGACCGGUACCCUCACUCAGAAUGAGAUGGAAUUGAAGAAGCUACAUCUGGGUACAAUGAGCUAUGGCUGGGACUCAAUGGACGAAGUAAGCCACCAGCUCCGUACGGCUCUUGCCGAUCGCCCCUCGAACGGAGAAUCUAUGAGUCUGAACUCUCCUAGCAGUCAGAAGGGCACUUCUGCAAGCUUCACGUCCACCUGGGGCGGAAGGAGGGACAUGUCGUCUCGCGUAAAGGACGUCGUUUUUGCCCUUGCGCUCUGUCACAAUGUGACACCGGUCAUCAACGACGACGGCUCGACGACCUAUCAAGCCUCUUCCCCUGACGAGGUUGCCAUCGUCCAGUGGACUGAGAGCGUCGGACUAAGCCUUGUCGACAGGACCAGGACUGCAAUGACUGUCCGCAUGACGGGCGCAGUCCGCAGUACUUUCACCUUUGAUAUCUUAGAGAUCUUCCCCUUCACCUCGGACUCGAAGCGCAUGGGCAUUGUACUACGAGACCGGACUACGGGCGACGUCACCUUCUACCAGAAAGGAGCCGAUGUCGUCAUGGCCAAGAUCGUUGCACAGAACGAUUGGCUCGAGGAAGAGUGUGGCAACAUGGCUCGAGAGGGCCUGCGUACGCUCGUCGUUGGCCGCAAGCGUCUUACUGAGCAAUCGUGGACGGCCUUUCAGACUGCUUACAAGGCGGCAAGGGUCAAGAUCUCAGAGGACCGCAAUGCCUACAUACAGAGCGUUGUUGAGGCGCAUCUCGAGCGCGAUCUUGAGCUACUGGGUGUGACAGGGGUCGAGGACAAGCUGCAGGACGAUGUGAAGCCCACGUUGGAGCUGCUACGCAAUGCAGGCAUCAAGGUGUGGAUGUUGACUGGCGACAAGAUCGAGACCGCCACAUGUAUUGCCAUCUCAUCGAAGCUGGUUUCAAGGGGACAAUAUAUCCACCAAGUCGCCAAAGUCAAGAAGGGCGAGGGCGUGAGAGACCUGCUGGACUUUCUCAAAAGCAAAUUAGACUGUUGUCUGGUCAUCGAUGGCGAGAGUCUGAGUACGUGCAUGGAGCUCUACCGCGAUGAAUUCAUUGGAUUGGCCACUCAGCUCAGCGCUGUGGCUGCUUGUCGAUGCUCGCCUACGCAGAAGGCAGACGUAGCGAGAUUGAUCAGAAGCUACACUAAGAAGAGAGUCUGUUGCAUCGGUGAUGGAGGUAACGACGUUUCCAUGAUUCUGGCAGCCGACGUCGGGUUAGGCAUUGUGGGCAAGGAAGGCAUGCAAGCCUCCCUCGCUGCCGACUUCAGUGUCACCCAGUUCUCUCAUCUGACCAAACUACUUGUUUGGCACGGUCGCAACUCUUACAAACGCUCUGCAAAGUUGGCGCAGUUCGUCAUCCAUCGAGGUCUGAUCAUCUCCAUCAUCCAGGCUGUGUUCUCUUCAAUCUUCUACUUUGCUCCCAUUGCUCUAUAUCAAGGUUGGCUCAUGGUAGGUUAUGCCACCCUAUAUACUAUGGCGCCUGUCUUCUCCCUUGUGCUGGACAAGGAUGUGAGCGAGGAUCUGGCCUUAUUAUACCCAGAACUCUAUCGAGACUUGACCAAAGGUCGCUCUCUGACUGCCAAGACGUUUGCGGAGUGGUUUGCCAUCUCUAUCUAUCAAGGGGGAGCAAUCAUGAUUCUCUCUCUCCUCCUCUUCGAAAACGAAUUCCUCAACAUCAUCGCCAUUUCCUUCACGGCGCUAGUGCUGAAUGAACUGAUCAUGGUUGCUCUGGAGAUCACGACUUGGCAUGUAUACAUGGUAUUGAGCGAGGUCGUAACCUUGUUGCUCUACUGCAUCAGUAUGGCGUUCCUGCCAGAAUACUUUGAUCUCUCUUUUGUCCUCACGACUCGCUUCCUCUGGAAGCUUGCAGUCAUCGUUGCCGUCUCCUCUUUCCCGCUAUACGUCAUCAAGAUUCUCAAGCGCCUGCUCGCGCCUCCGAGCUACUCAAAGCUGGCUGUCUCGUAAAGCUCUGGGCCGACUCUAGUUCGUGGCCGGGCAGACGAUCAGGAAGUGGCUUCCUUGCCACAACAGAUAGAUGUUCUGCCUCUCCUUGUGACACGCCGCAAUCUGAAAUUGGCCUCUAAUCCCAAUCGAACAAAUCAUCAUCCCCAUCCGCCUGCUCCGUCGCUUCCCAGUCCUCGUCAGUUCCCUGUCCAUGGUCUUCUUCAUCGCCCGACCUGUAUCCUCCGUCGGCCCCACGCUCCGCCUCGUAAGCUCCUCUCAAGUCCUCGACCCUCUCCAGCAAUUCCUUCAAUCCAUCUCUCCCUCCAAUGCGUCCUUCUCCUUCCUCGUUAGCAG